AUGAAAUCGUCAACAUUUCAAACGGAUGAGACUGUUGAUCUGCAUGUAGCGUGGCUUCUACAGCGUGAAAGACAGAAACGAAUAGAGAAACGAAAAGGAAUCGGGUCUGUGAUUUUCGUGAUAGGAAUCCCUUUGUCUAUUCUAGGAUUUGCCAUGUCACUUGUUGCAUAUUCAGAAAUAGUGGGAACAGAUACGAUUCCAGCCUUUCGGAUUACUGGCCCUGUGUUUCUAGUGGUAGCAUUCAUUCUGUUUCUGAUCGGAGCCAUCAUGGCUGAAGUGCUAACUAUAAGGUUAUCACGGAAACGACAAUAUGAAAUUGAGAGUAUCGAGCUACAAUCAGAAUUCCUUCGCGAAAAAGAGAACUUAAGUGAAGAGGAGAGUAGCGCUGAAGAACUGACCAGAGAAAAUGUCAGGCGGAGUGGAGAUGAAUCACUAUUCCAGCAGUUCAAACGGAGUUCCAGCGUUAUAAGUGAAUCUCUCGUUAAUAUACUUCCUUCCCGGAACUGUAGAAUUGAACCUCAGGAGUGCGAGGAGACAUAG